AUGUUUGUCACCCGUGCAUUUGUCGCCAUCGCCGCUGUGGUUGGUUUUUCCCAGGCCGGCUGGAUCACUUACCAAAACGAAAACAAAAAGGAUGAAAAUCUCCCUUGUGUCGGCAAGAUCUGGGGUAACGACAACCACCUCAUCUCCCAGUUCGACUGCAACUCCUUUGACUGGAAUGGUACCAUGUGCCGCAUGAAGUGUUUCCCCAUCUCGUCGACCACUUGCGUUGGUUUCCCCACCGAGGAUGAAAUGAAGAAGGGCCGUGGUGCCGGUAUUUGGUACUCUGAGCACGGCAGUCCUGACGGCUGUGUAUACCUCGGUAGCACAUUUGGCGGCAACUACGACGACCGCAUUGGCCCCAACACGACUGGCUGCGGUUACCUUGACUGGCCCGAGCAGCGCAACUUUGGCCCCGUUAAGUCGAAGCCCAAUGGUGAAGAGGUCACCAAGGGUUGCUGGAAGACGGACAUGAAGCCUGACUCCAAGUACUCAACCGAGUCCUUCCAUUAUUAUGACGGCGCUCGUCCUCUUAGUGACGCUUCCUGCAAGAGCGGCUUUGCCAAAUCCUGCGGCCCCAACGAGGACCCCUUGUGCCACUUUGCUCCUACCUUGAACCAACUCGAGUGCAAGAAGGCUAAAAUUCCCCACAACCCCGAGAAUGAGUAG